CUGCUUUACAGCGUCUGUCCCAAACUGGUCAAAGAUCUGUGAUACUCCCACUCUGCAGCAGCAGUAGGAACAGCACUCAAAGGGCCCAACAGGACUGCAGCCUGACGCCUGGCUGGAUCCUGUGCUGUCCCACUGAUGCUGUGGAAAAGACAGAAGGAAGAUACCUAAAGAGGAGGGGGAGUAGAGAACACUGGUGAAGGAGGGGCAGGCCAGAAGGAUCAACAUUCUUCAUUUAUUUACCAUGAAAAUGGUGGAAAUGCCCAACAAGUUUAACUACCAGUUUAUCUUAGUGUUCCAGCUAUGUUUGUUACACCUGGCUCAUGGUGGAGCGUAUUAUGGACAGAAACAACCACCUCAACAGCACCAGCCUUUACCACAGUAUAAUGAUGGGUUUCCUCAGCAACAAUUUCUGGGAAACGAGAUGCCGCACUCACCUUACGGCAAAGAAGGACCAUUGCUGCCUCAGUAUGGAAAAGAGUUUCCUCAACUCCCUUUGCAAGUGGUCAAGCAGAGACCACUAACAGAUGGAAAAGGGCAAACUUUUCCCAGAGGAGCUAAAGGUCCGCCUCUACUUGUUCCUGGUGGAGAGGGUGUAAGAGAAGGCCCACAAGGAAUUCAGGGUCCCCCAGGGCCAUCAGGGCCACCAGGACCACAAGGCCCACCUGGGCUUCCAGGGCAGGGAAUGCCGGGUCCACAAGGAAAACCAGGCCCUCCUGGUCCUCAGGGCUACAAAGGAAAUGGAAAACCAGGAAUGCCAGGAAUGCCAGGAAAACCAGGAGGACCAGGAAUACCAGGACCAAAAGGUGACCUUGGUCCAAGUGGUGGAGAAGGGCCGACUGGACAACCAGGGCUUCCAGGGCUCCCAGGUCCAGUAGGACUCCCUGGGAUUUCAAAGCUAGGAGGUCAAGGGCUGCCAGGAUUGCUAGGCCCACCAGGAGAGGCUGGUUAUCAAGGUCUACCUGGCAUUCGUGGGCCUCCAGGCCCAAUGGGAGAGAAAGGACUUGGUCUACCCGGUUUUCCAGGUUUAAAAGGACCCGGAGGACCACCAGGUCCACCUGGACAAGCAGGCCUCCCUGGUGUCAGUAAACCUGGUCUUAAUGGUCUGCCUGGACAACCAGGGAUACCAGGAAAACUAGGUCCUCCUGGGGAACCAGGGUUAGUAGGGCCACCUGGUGAAAGAGGCACACCAGGACAACCAGGCUUACCAGGAAUUGGAAAACCAGGGAAAGAUGGUUUCAGAGGACAACCAGGGCUCUCUGGAGGGAAAGGGGAACCAGGACCACCUGGUUUAACUGGGCCUCCAGGGUUGCCAGGUUAUGGCAACCCAGGAUUUCCGGGACACAAGGGUCAUAAGGGAUAUGCUGGUGUGCCGGGACCACCAGGUCCAAAAGGUGAUAAAGGUCAUGCAGGUCUUCCAGGUGUUGUUGGUCCCUCUGGUAUAAGUGGAAUGCCAGGCCCACCAGGUCCAAUUGGGCCUCCUGGUAGCCUUGGCUUCCCAGGACUGAAAGGAGAGGAUGGUGCUGGAGGCCAAAAAGGAAAUCCAGGAUUAAAGGGUCAAAUAGGGCCUCCAGGUCUACCAGGACAGCCUGGUAGGUCAGGAGAGGGUGGACAACCUGGACCACGAGGUUUACAAGGGCCCAUUGGCCCCAAAGGAGAAGCUGGUAUUAGAGGUUUACCUGGUUCCCCUGGUGCUGCAGGACUACAAGGACCAAGAGGAGAGGGAGGAGAAUCUGGAGCUAAAGGCCAACAGGGACCACAGGGUAUUCCUGGACUUACAGGACCAGGUGGACCCAUUGGACCUCCUGGGAUUCCAGGGCAAAAGGGCAACACAGGGCCACCCGGUAACCCUGGUUAUCCUGGUGAGGGAAAUCCUGGACCCUCUGGCCAAAUUGGUCCUCAAGGUAGUCCUGGUCCCAGCGGCCCUCCUGGACUUCCAGGGCUACCAGGACAACCUGGGCCACCUGGUCCUCCUGGACUGCCUGCUGUAUCUCCUGACCUUGUACAAAUCCUCCCACACAGUGGCCCUUACAAUGGCCAAAAUUACAAGAAACCAGUAAACAGAGGUGAGAUUAGUGGAACAGGCCUGGAGAUGCCUGCAUUUGCAGCAAAGCUCACAAAUCCAUUCCCUCUCGUCGGUUCUCCCAUCAUCUUUGAUAAACUCCUGUACAACAGCAAUCAAGACUACAACCUCCAAAAUGGUAUUUUCACCUGCAGCAUACCAGGGAUCUACUAUUUUGCCUACCAUGUCCACUGCAAAGGAGGUAAUGUUUGGGUAGCACUGAUGAAGAAUAACGAGCCAGUAAUGUACACUUAUGAUGAGGUCAAAAAGGGCUUGUUGGAUCAGGCUUCAGGGAGUGCUGUACUCCCGUUACGGAAAGGAGACUCUGUGCAUCUACAGCUACCAUCAGACCAGGCAGCAGGACUUUAUGCUGGUCAGUAUGUCCACUCCACAUUUUCUGGAUACUUAUUGUACUCAAUGUAAUAACUUUUAAAUAUUGAUAAUAAUGACACAUUGAUGGUAAAUUUACCAUAAAGACUGUAAAACUACUUCAGACUCAAGACAUAAUUAAGGCAAAGUAAAGUUUACAAUAAGUGAUAGCACAAUAACCAUUCUACUUUGCACCAACAUUCUUACAUCUGUUACAAGCUUUAUGUAGGAAGCAUAUAUUCUUGUACUGGCUCUCAGUUAGAAAAAGUAAAUGCCAAAAAGCAUUCCAACUAUCAAAUAUCAUUUUAACAUGUUUACAUUGUACAUAUAUUGUAUUCAUUCUCAACAAUGUAUCAGUGUUCAUGAUAAGGUAGUAAUAGCAGCUGGAAACUUAAUGGUGCAGACCUUCAUUUACAAGGCCAGGUUAGCUUUCUUAGCUAUCUUUCUGUUAUUAACUUUAUUCUGGGCACAUAAACCCAUUAUCAGACUGAUUAAGCAAUGCAUUUACUUACAAUUAUAACAUUAUGUAUUUGCAGUCAUUGUGUGUUUUUUUAGGUUUGUUUUUUUUGCAUCACUUGGAGCAUUCAGCAUUUUAGUAUAACAAAAUCUACAGUUUCUGGCCUGAUCAUCCGUAAAAUAAUUAUUAAGUGAAUAUUAUAUAUAAUUAAAAACCACAUGAUCCUCCACAACAGAACAAAAAAAACAUUUGAAAACAAAAAUACUUUCAAGUGAUCUAUCUUUACAUUUUUGCUCUUUAACACCUUGGUGUCAUAAAUUUGUUUGUAUUGAAUAUGAAUUAUUUUGAAAGCGUUUGUCAUUGUUCUCUGUAAUUUAUUUUUUCGACUACUGAUUACUUAGAUUUGUGUUUUGUUUUUUUAACAGUGAAUCAUUGAAAAAUACCAACACAACAUAGACAGUCUGUGACAAAAAAACAUUCAAAGAUAUGUCCAUGAACGUACACUUAGCAGCAAAAAUAUGUCUUUUUUUUGUGUGCCUUGCUUAAACUGUGGGUGUGUCAUUUAGAAAUUAAAUUUUGAAAUGUUUCCUUUUUUUCUCAGACAAUGGCGCGGAUAAUUAAAUAGAAACUGUGCCCAAAGUAUGUGAAUUUAUUUUCUUUUUUUUAUUAUUAUUUUUUAAUUUGAU